UUGCCGAAAACAAGGUCUCAUUACAUGUUAGGCAAGCGAAACGUAAGGAGUGUAGGAAAAUCAGAUCUGAACAGUGCUUAAUUGUAUUUGGCCUCAUCGAAACGAUUAACAUCAAAGUUUAUAUAUUAGAAUUCUCCGUUUGCUAUUUAUUCACGUUAUAAAAUUAAUAACACACCAUAGGAAAAGGCAAUUUGGCGACCUGAUACGAGCAGCUAUUCUUACCUAAAAGAAGCAAAAAAUGUAUAAGUACAUGGAGGAGUAUCGACAGAACCUAGCGUCAGAGUUACUAAAUUCUGAAGUGAGAAGAUUGCCUUCGGAUAUGCAGGGUAUCGACAUUACUGAUGAAUUCCAGAAAGUGUUAGAAGCAACACAUGACGAAGCGAUUGCGCAGAAAGAAACACAUCGUGAAGUGACAAACAGUUCGGUGAAAACAAUGAAACACAAGUUAAGUGUUUUAUUUGAAAAGAUAAAAGGUAAAAUUAGCUCAACAGAGACAAGCUUCGACGACAUUAUAAGCCUUGCAACAUCUUACUGUAACAUGGGUAUUGUGUACAAGGACGGUACAACAGAAGAGGACUUAGUCAAUGGUCAGAGCUAUUUGAAGAAAUGUCUAGACUUAUUAAACGGAAAAGAAUUGGAUCCUAGAGCUAUUUUGCUUAUUAUGAGAGCAUCUGUGCAACUGGAUCGUGUUUUCUGUCAACUCAAUGAAGCAGAAAAAUGUUGUUCAUUCUCACAUAAAGCGAUCGGUUUCUAUCUCGAAUACACAAAGCAGGGUAGUGAAUUUCCUGCGCCCAUCGUUUCACGCCUCUCGGUUAAUCUUGAUAUUGAAGAAGCGUGCUCAAACACAAUGCUUUCUUUGGUGACAUUGUGUUCAGAACUUUUAUAUCAUAUAAACAACUGUGAGUGCGAUACCUGGGAUGUAGAAACUCUUGUAAAACCUAUGCAUAACUUUUUCAUGAACCAAUGGAUAGAGGCAACAGCGAAUCCGGUAACAAAAGGUUAUGCUUGGGCUUCUGCCACAGUAGACUUUUCUCGUUUUUUCAUAAAUCAGUUGCGCUUAAGUGAUACUAGGAAUUAUCUCGCUGCUGCAGAAUAUAUCUUAGAUGCAUAUAAAGAGGAAGUAAAGAAGUAUGUGUCUGGGAAUUUUUCUACUCCGGCUUUUCUCAAUAUACUAGAGUGUGUUGCUACAAGAUGGAGCAUUUUUGGUAAUAAGGUUUUGCUUUGUUCGAAAUAUAACUUGUUUAACGUGUUUAAAAAUGUCAAAGUUAGCAGAGUAGGUAAUUACAAAUCAACGCCUUCUGUCGAGUUACCUACAAAAUCAUUAAUAUUCACGGACUUGGAGGUUGAUAUAGAACAUAUUGUCAGUAAAAUUCCUCUUAAUGUGUCAAAUCUCGAUGAUGUUGUUGUAGUUUGCGAUCAUAUUAUGAAAUGGUUUGAAAUGUUUAAAACACACGUAUCUACAGAAAUUUAUAAUUCCUCUUUUAUGGUAAGAACAUUAUGUUUAAUAGAAGUAGGCAACUACUUGACGUACUUUGAGGCAGACAAAGUCGAACAGAUGAAAUGUCAUAAAGAGCGAAUAGAGUUUUUAAUAAAUGAGCAUAAUUUUAUCAGUUCUAAAGACAAAAAUGUAUUUGGUAUACUCCAUCUACAUUGUAAUUUUCAACUAAUGCUUACGUAUGGCAAACUUCUAGACAUGAUACUAGAGGAUGCCGAAAUCACUGAAAAACGAUUUGAGGACGUAGAAAAGGAAGUACAUAACUAUGUGCAAAGUAGUGCAGAAUAUUCUAAAAAGUACUUAGAAGAGUUGGAUUUUCUAUUUAGCGAUUGCGAAAAGCAAGAUUAACGUGGAACAUGAUCCAGUUCUCAUAAAUGCGAUUGUAUCAAUGUUUGUUAUGACUACAGAAAAACUUUUUAUAAAUCAAAACUUCUGUUUCUUAUAAAUUUGACAAGCAUGUACAGAAAUGUUCAGAUAUGAGUAAUGAAUAUAUAAUGUAGAACAUAAUAUCUGUUAUAUCAUGCAUAAUAUUAUAUUAUAUACUAUAUGCGCAACAUAUUGCGCAAUGCUGUACAAUAGAUAUGUGUUACAUGUUAAAUGUAAUAUAGUAUUAUAUGUAUAGGGAACGAAAAACUCACAUUUUUAUACAAUUUUCGACACAACAAAAGCUUUUGCGAAAAUGGACUCUUCUUGUAUUUGUUUACUUAAAAAUGUAAAAUCGCUUUUUUUAUUUUGCCUAUUAACAAUUUUGUAAAACUAUGCUAAUUUUAUUGUAUAGUAGUUGGUCUUUCUCUAUAGAUUCUAUUACGUAGCACAUAACAUAUUCCGCAUAAAAAACGUAAAAGAAGUUUAAAUAUAUGUUAAAUAAACUUUUAUAUGGA